AUGGGACAUCACAAAUGGACGAAACUGGUUCCCUCUACCUGGAGGGAAGGCCGAUGGGCAAUUCGAAGUACGCUUUGGAUUAAUAGGGAUGUGGAAGCGGAGCAAGUGUCGAUUGAGUCGCCGGAUCUAACCGCGGCGGUCAUCCGCCUCCCCGAGCGCCUGAUAUUUAUGGCAUCAGUCUACGUAGAGGGCGGAGAUGCUGCGGUAUUGAUGGAGACGUGCAAUCACCUAAGCAAAGCAAUCACAGAGGUACGGCGGGACACAGGCACACCGUUGGAGAUCAUCAUCGUGGGAGAUUUUAACCGUCAUGAUCAACUCUGGGGAGGAGACGACGUGUCUUUGGCAAGACAAGGUGAAGCGGACCCAGUCAUCGACUUCAUGAACGAAUUUGCACUCAGCAGUCUACUCAAACGUGGCACAAAGACAUGGCAUGGCGCAGGACAGAGUGGGGACUACGAGUCCACGAUCGACCUCGUCCUGGCCUCGGAAAACCUAACAGACUCCAUGGUUAAGUGUGCCAUACCUAGGACAGAGCAUGGUUCGGAUCAUUGCACCAUUGAGACCGUAUUCGAUGCCUCAUGGUCGCCCCCAAAGCAUCCGGAACGACUCCUGCUGAAAAACGCUCCAUGGAAAGAGAUCAAUGUUAGGAUUGCGAACACCCUAGCCGCCACUCCGUUGGAGGGCACCGUGCAGCAAAAAACCGAUCGACUUAUGUCCGCGGUCUGGGAAGCGGUGCAUGCCUUAACGCCGAAAGCCAAACCGUCACCACACGCAAAGCGAUGGUGGACAGAUGACUUGACACAGCUCCGUCAAAUAUACACAUAUUGGAGAAAUCACGCCCGCUCGGAGCGACGGGCGGGACGAAAGGUACCCCAUCUGGAAGAGAUGACCCAAGGCGCAGCGAAGCAAUACCACGAUGCUAUCCGGGAACAAAAGAAAAAGCACUGGAAUGAAUUCCUCAUCGACAACGAUAACAUAUGGAAAGCCGCUAAAUACCUGAAUUCAGGAGACGACGCAGCGUUUGGAAAGGUUCCGCAGCUCCUGAGAGCAGACGGAACGACCACCACCGAUCGCAAGGGGCAAGCAGAAGAAUUGCUGACCACGUUCUUCCCGCCUCUGCCGGAGAUUAUUGACGAUGAAGGGACGAGGCCAGAAAGAGCACCGGUACAAAUGCCAGCUAUCACGAUGGAGGAGGUGGAGCGGCAACUGUUGGCGGCAAAAUCUUGGAAAGCGCCUGGCGAGGACGGCCUGCCGGUGAUCGUCCUCACUGGAAGGAGGCACGUUGCCAAGGCAGUGGAGACACGUGAAGAUCAUACCGCUCAAAAGCCGAACAAAGACAAUUACAGCAUUGCCAAAGCAUGGAGGCCAAUCUCACUCCUCGCGACACUAGGGAAAAUACUAGAAUCGGUGGUUGCAGAAAGGAUCUCUCACGCGGUGGAGACUCAUGGUCUGCUCCCAACUAGCCACUUCGGAGCCCGAAAGCAGCGGUCCGCGGAGCAAGCACUCUUGUUUUUGCAAGAACAAAUCUACACGGCGUGGCGCGGUCGACGGGUACUAAGCCUGAUCAGUUUUGAUGUUAAAGGAGCCUACAACGGAGUGUGCAAAGAACGGCUGCUCCAGAGGAUGAAAGCGCGAGGUAUACCGGAGGAUCUACUCCGGUGGGUUGAGGCGUUCUGCUCGGAACGAACGGCGACGAUCCAAAUCAAUGGCCAAUUGUCUGAAGUCCAAAGCCUGCCACAGGCUGGACUGCCGCAGGGUUCACCGCUGUCCCCGAUCUUGUUCCUCUUCUUUAACGCAGAUCUCGUACAACGACAGAUCGACAGCCAGGGCGGAGCAAUCGCGUUCGUGGAUGAUUUUACCGCGUGGGUGACCGGACCAACGGCACAGAGUAAUCGGGAAGGUAUUGAAACAAUUAUCAAUGACGCACUUGACUGGGAGAAGAGGAGCGGAGCAACCUUUGAGGCAGACAAAACAGCCAUCAUACACUUCGCUCCCAAGGUUCACAAAACGGACCAGGGAUCUUUCACAAUCAAAGGACAGCCCGUGGUGCCUAGAGACCAUGUCAAGAUCUUGGGUGUUCUCAUGGACACAAGACUCAAGUACAAGGAACAUAUCGCGAGGGCAGCGUCCAAAGGCUUGGAGGCAGCGAUGGAGCUCCGGCGACUUCGCGGUCUAACCCCAGCAACUGCACGCCAGCUAUUCACGUCGAUGGUGGCCCCGGUGGUAGACUACGCUUCUACCGUCUGGAUGCACGCUUGCAAGGACAAGGCUAGCGGACCGAUCAACCGAACUCAAAGGGUGGGAGCGCAAGCAAUUAUAGGGACGUUUCUUACAGUUGCGACCAGCGUUGCGGAGGCAGAGGCUCACAUUGCCGCUGCACAACGCCGUUUUUGGAGAAGGGCCGUGAAAAUGUGGACGGACAUCCACACCCUUCCAGAAACCAAUCCGCUCCGUAGCGGACGCGCUAAGAAACAUCGAGAUGGAGACACUGGAAACCAUCACUUCGUUCACGUUAGCACCAUGGGAGACACGCAUGCAGACCGGUGUUGA